GUAGCCAGCGAAGGGCCAGGAAGGAAAAGGGUUGAGCAUGAGCGGAGAGAAGAGUGGGAGAAUGGCCGGGGAAGAGGGUCUCUCGUUCAUCACUUUCAUCUGCUACGUGGUGUCCUCAGCAUCUGCCUUCCUCACAGUGCCUCUGCUAGAGUUCUUGCUGGCCCUCUACUUCCUCUUCGCUGAUGCCAUGCAGCUGAAUGACAAGUGGCAGGGCUUGUGCUGGCCCAUGAUGGACUUCCUACGAUGUGUCACUGCCGCCCUCAUCUACUUUGUCAUCUCCAUCACCGCUGUUGCCAAAUACUCUGAUGGGUCUUACAAAGCAGCCGGGGUUUUUGGCUUCUUUGCCACCAUCGUGUUUGCAGUUGACUUCUACCUGAUCUUUAAUGAAGUGGCCAAAUUUCUCAAGCAAGGGGACUCUUCCGGUGCAGAUGAAACCACAGCCCACAGGGAAGAAGAGGAGAAUUCUGACUCUGACUCUGAUUGAGGGCCUGCUUGCCCAGCAACCUGAACCACCUGGGGCCUUGGCGGUGGCACCUUCCUGACACAGCUGCUGGAAGCCUGGCCAAGGACAGUGUGACGGGGAGGCUGCUCACGUGGGCCUCCCCUCGGCCUCAAGGUUCCAUCCUGAGCCCAGCAUUCAAGACUGUACCCUUUGGCUUGGCAAGGCUAAACCACUGUGUGUGCCAGGGCAUCUCGGAUACCCUACCGUCUCCCUAUUUCUGUCACACAGACCUUAAGCCCUUUAACCCUGCUGCCAAGACCAAGCACAGGAAGACACAGCAGGGCACCAGUGUCCCAGCCUGCCAAGGCACCUGGUUUGUGCUGCAGGUGAGGCAGGGUGGGGGAUGCCUGUGUCUCACUAACAGGCCCCGUGGUCUCUUGACUGCAUGAGUGCCGCUGCUUAUGCGGGCUCUUUUUGAGAACACUUCUAGGAAUCUUUGGUUCAAGGAGCUAAAGCAGGGAGAAGCUGACCUUGACCUUACCAUCUAGGCAUGGGUCUCAGCACCCACACCCGACACCUUAAACCUCAGAAACCACAUCUCAGGUGGGGUGACUGGUCUGGGUCUAACACCAUUUCAAAGAAGAACUCAUGGACUCACUCGCUAGGUCUGACAGACAGAGGGAACCAGUCAGUGCUAUGGCAGUGACCAUGGCUGGCAGCUGGGCGGGCCCAGCCAAACUCUCUCUUCCUGGAGGCCAGAGUUCUCAGGACCCUGAGGACAGUGUGCUUCCUUGUGGAUACCAGGCAGUUCUCUGGACCACCUCCUGAGAAAUGAGACGAGCCUUUUGCAUCCACCAAAGGAUUUUUAUAUUUAGUAUGUAUCUUUGAUGGGAUUUGGUAGCUUUUCAUAGUUUGUUUUUUGUUGUUGCUUUUUUUUUAAUACAAAAUCAGCUUAACAAAUGAUGUUUUCUGUGACCUAAGAGGUCCUGUGAAUGAGCCAGAGUCCUGGGCCCAGGUUUGGGGCAUUUGUAACUUUAUUCUACUCUCGCAUGUGAAUCACCUACCCUGAAAAAGUCAUAAUGGAUUAAACCAGACUACCUGCUUGAAGUGUGUGACUCUAAGAACCUUUCCGCCACCCAGAGCAAUAAUGUGCAGGAUCGUGUCACAAUUCAGCACAAACUAGGAGAGAAUCCUGACAGCUUUCAAUUUCAGCAACAAGGUACACAUACGAACAGUAUGCCAGGGACUAGAGUAAGCAUCUGCCCAGUGCCUGACUCUUUUAUUUAAUCCCGCAGUCAAGGAAACAGAAACUAAGUGACCAGCCCAGGGCCCUCUCACUUACACAUCAGGACUGUGCCCCAUGGCAGCCAGAACCUAGAGAUUUUGUGGUUUGGAAACCAAACUGACCAUACAAGGAAUGUCAAGGCUGCAACCUAGGAGAACCCUGGUCAGUUUCUGGCUCAAGAGAGAUGGGAAGAGGUGAGGCCUUCUUCCCUAAAUGUUACACAUAGCUGAAAACGGAGCUGAAUGUGAAAAGCCAAGAGAGGCACAGGGUAGAGAUUCUGUUCACCUUGCCAGCCAGCAGAAUGGGUAUCAUGGAGGCCUCACUGCAUCCUGUGGACUACAGCAGCUCUUUCAACUUCCACAGAGCAAGCCUGUUUUCUUUUUGAGGGAUGCCAAGGAUCAAACUUGGGACCUUGUACUUAUAAAGCAGGCAGUGGAACCACUGAGCUAAAUCCCAAGCUCACAAGCCUGUUUCAGGACCUGGGUCCAUGGCCUUUGGUGAGGCAGGGGAGGCAAGGCAGAGAAGAGAGACCACAGUAUUUUUACAUGUCCAUUUAUUAAACAAGAACUCCUUCAUGACAAUUUAAUACAAUAUUUAUUAGCGAUUAGUGUUGAGAAAAUUAUUUCCCUCUACAUACAAAAAUACAGAUUUGAACGCUAUUAAAACAAUCAAGACAAGUACCAUGAAAAAUUGGUCCUUCAAAAGAAAUAAAGGGGAAGACUGAGGGCAGUGUGAGGCUUUGUCUGCUGUCAGGGACAAAUCAAUAGGAACACACUUUGGGGUCCCCACUGCAAAUGUACAGGGUCAAACCUGAGGCCCAUGGCACAGCAGCCAUGUCAGUGUGAGAGGCCAGGAUGGGAGCUCUGCCCCGCAAGCCACAUGAGCCAAAGUUUGCCCAGUGCCCAUCACCUUGGAAUGCUCACAGCUGUGUCUGAACUGCCACAGGAAAGACUUUUCAGAAACAAGGCAUGGCAAAUUAUUAACACUGCCCCUAAAAGUGCCACUAGGUAAAGUA